AUGCCAAAGCGCAACAAUCCAGAAUCGCCUGCUGAUUCUGUAACUGGAUUGUCAGGAGAUGAAUCUCAGUCUAGUAGUUUAACUACCCGUAAACGACGUCGUCUAGCCAAUGCUUCUCAGCUGGACUUAUGCCAAGAACUGUUUGAUAAAAUUCGGGCAUAUCGUGGAGAAGAUGGUUCACUAUCUGAAGCAUUUAUGCGUUUACCAACAAGAAGGUCACAUGCAGACUACUAUGAAGCAGUUAGAGAGCCAAUGGAUUUAGCUCGUAUUCAGGCGAAAAUUAAAGCAUCGGAAUAUGAAAGUGUAGAUCAGAUGGCCACAGAUAUUAAUUUAAUAGUAGCAAAUACUAAGGCCUUCUAUCCAGCCUCAACCACAGAGUUUGCCAAGGCUGUUGAGUUGCAAGAUGUCUUUGAUCGAGAGCGUCAACUGCUUCAGGCGAUAACCACUAAAAGUACCGAUUCAACUACAAGCUCAACAACCAGCAGUGUUGUCGACAGACGUACGACGCGCAAGCGUACAUUUGUUAGUGAAGAACGUGAUGAAGAAGAAACUGAGACCUUAUCAAUUGCGGCGUCAGAUGACUCACGUAUAGCAGCAUCAGAGACGAGUACCACAAAUUUAACUUCUUCUAGUCAGCCUAGUUCAACACAACUUGACAAUCCCUUUGAACUAUUUUUUGCUUCUAUCGCAAAAUAUGUUAGCGAAAGUGGUCGACCAUUAGCUCCAACCUUUACUCAUCUACCAUCAAGAGAGCUUUAUCCGGUGUAUUACGUUGUUAUCAAAGAACCAAUCGAUUUGCGAAUGAUUGCCAGACGAAUCGUGUCUGGCAAAUACAACUCUAUGGAUGAAUUAGAAAAAGAUUUUACACUUUUAGCUCGAAAUGCCAAGACUUUCAAUGAACCUAAAUCAGUUAUCUAUCAGGAUGCCGCAACACUGGCGAGAAUACUGAAAGGCAAACGUAGUGAAGCUGAACAUCCACCGGUUCGAACUAAUAGGGAGAGAGGAAGGCGUACAUCUCGUUUGAAUUAUGUGCCUCAUGAAGUAGUAGAAGAAUUCGCCUCAAUGCCUGACUUGUCUGAUCCUCCGGAGAGUUCUAACCAUAUAGAUGAAUCCACAGAAGGAGCUUUUGAGCUUUCUGGAGAUGAUGAAGACACUCGAGCAACUGGUACUUCUCAGAGUUGUUCAUCGAUAGCUUCUGCUUCUGUUAAAAAGAAACGCGGACGACCACGUCUUUAUCCACUACCUGAAGAUACCAUAAAAGGAAGUCCAUCAAGAGAACCUCUUUCUCCAGCAAGUGUGGCUUCUCAACAUGGUCCGUCGGCAUUUGGUGAUACGAGUAACUAUCCACCUUCCUGUUCACGAGGUCAUCGACGUUUACAGGAAAAGCUUUUACAAGUUGUAUUGGAUGCUACCAACUCAGAGGGUCAACUGAUAUCAACACCAUUUUUCCGGCUUCCAUCUAGAAGGCUAUACCCGGACUAUUAUGAAGAAAUCACCAACCCUUUAUGUUUAUCUACAAUAAAGAAAAAAAUCAAGCGAUAUGAAUAUGCUUCGUUAGAUGCUCUCCUCACGGAUUUAGAUGUUGUAUUCAACAAUGCUCAACAAUAUAAUGUUGAACAGAGUGCAAUACAUCAAGAUUCUAUUCUCUUACAACAGUUAGCUCACAAAAAAUGUGAAGAGCUAAGAAAUUCAGAAAUAGCAUUGAACAUUAAACCGGACAGUACAGAAGCAGCUCCAUUUAGUCCAGGUGGAAGUGUCUCAUCGACUGCAGUAUCAGAAAGCACGAAUUUUGCACAAUACGAUCAAACUCCACUUAAACGUGUUGGGCGUCGAUUGUUCUCAGCAGAAGAGGCUACUGCAAAACGACUACAGAGUUUAUACAAAGCUGUUUACUAUUUCCGUGCUGAUGAUGGACAUUUUCCUCGGGAUACAUUUGUUAGUCUACCGUCAAAAGAUGAGUAUCCAGAUUACUAUCAAGUAAUAUCUAAUCCUAUUGACCUAACAAUGAUCAAGCAUAAGAUGGAUGAAGGGAAAUACUCUACAUAUGAAGAAAUGGCUAGUGAUCUACAACUAAUGUUUACUAAUGCUAGAACUUAUAAUGAAGAAGGUUCAUCAGUGUAUAGUGAUGCAGAGCUUUUAGACUCGAUUGUUAAAAAACGCAUUAGAAGUUUUGUUCAAUAUACUGCAACUCCAACUCGACCAAUAACGAUGUCUCAACAGUACGACGCUGCAAAUGGGCAACCACAAACCAACUCAAUAAACAAUACUCCUGCUGUUGUUCAUCCUCAACAGUCAGGACAACCAACAGUACCACUUUUGCAGCGUGUUAUGCUGGAACUUUUUCAGGCUGUUCGUGAUUAUCAAAUCAAUGGGAGAAUUUUGUCCACUCCAUUUAUGCGUCUACCAACUCGCAGUGAACUUCCAACGUACUAUGAAUUUAUUAAGAAACCUAUAGAAUUACAAGCAGUUGCUAAACAGUUAGUACAAGGAAAGUACAAUGACUUUGAAGAAUUUGCUGGUGAACUUUUCUUGAUGUUCGAUAAUGCAUGUAGAUUCAAUGAACCAGAUUCACAGAUUUAUGCUGAUGCAUUAAUACUUCAUAGAGUGUGCUUAGCCAAACGAUCUAUGCUACUAUCUAUUCACCAGCAAUCUCUUUCUAUACCUCCAUGUGUUGCACCUGAUGUUCCUACAGGCAUCCGUCGUUUGUUAACUAAUCUUCACAAUGCAAUGCUGACUGCAUGUGAUCAAGACGGUCGGGGAUUAGUAGAUUCAUUAAUUGCAGGUGAUGGUACGGAAUCAACACUGACUUCAGUAACAGCAGCUCGCUUGGCUGCACUUCAUCGUGCAGUAGCAGAGGGUUCAUAUCGUCGUUUAGAUAGUCUUCAAUCAGAUUGGCUUGGAAUAUUAGUUAGAGCACGAAUAGGAGAAGGAUCAGAUCAACCUGCAGAAGUGAAAAAUCCUUGUCCCACUAAACAACAACGUUUAGAUGCUGCAGAAUUAGCUCGUCGAUGGGUUCGACUUCGAGAUGAAUUAUGCCAUCGACAACAGAGAAGACCAACAACUCAGACAACUACAGGAAACACCGACUCUGGGUCUGUGUUACCUACCCAUGUUGUUUUGUAUAGUCCUGCUAUGUCCUAUACAGAAGCUGCACUAGAACGCGAUAUCAAUGAUGAAGAUGCUAAGCAUAAGCUUCCAACUUAUGAUGAUGAAAAUGGUGAAGAAAAUCUCAAACCACUUUCAGAAGGCGAAUGUGAAUUAAAACAUUUCGAAGCACGUGGUCAAAUCUAUCAUGUGGGAGAUUAUGUGUAUGUGGAACCGAUGAGACCAAAUGUAACUCAAUGUCAUAUAGGCCGUAUAACACGUAUCAGUAGACGAGAACAUUCAUCAUCAAAUGAUAAUGCGGAGAAAAUGUCCACAAACGAAGACCAAACAAAGUCAGAAAAUCAUAAUGAGAACCCUGAUUCAUCCUCGAAAGUUGAUCAUCCUGGUACAAUCAAUGUUCGCUUAUCUAUGUAUUUACGACCGGCUGAAGCUCAUCCUUCGCGUAGACGACGUCUCCUAGCUACUGAAGUUUUUCGAACAGCUCUUGGAGAAACAGUUCAAAUAAGUCAAAUUGUCGGUCGUUGUCUUGUAAUGCAUAUUUCUCAAUUUAUUCAGUUUAAACCAAAGAAUCUUGAAGAACGUGAUAUAUUUAUUUGUGAAUCUCAGUUUUCGAUUACAUCACAGCUGUUUACCAAAAUUCGAAAUUGGGAUGUUCCCGUUCCUUCGAGUAUUGAAUUAGAGGCUAGACCAACUCCAUUUGUACCAACCCGUUUACCGCCAAAUGAACCUUUAGGAAAUGCUCUAGAACAGGUGGAUAACAGUCUUUUUGUUCAAAUGAAUUAUCCUUUACCAAGAACCUUCCAAUCACUUGUUCUUGAAGAUCUAUCAGAAACAGAAGGAACUAUAACCUAUGAACAAUACGUUCAUGACAAUGGAUUUUUAGUGAAAUUAGGUGAUUUUCUUUACGUUCCACCAACUGAGGGUUCCUCGGAACGUCGUAUUGUACGAGUCGACAAAUUGUGGAAGUCCUGCGCUCAAAAUGCUAUUUUAUUUACUGGACCAUGGUUUGUUACUUCAUCGUCUGUGGAGCAUCUACCAACACGUUUAUUUUAUCCCAAAGAAGUAUUUCUUGCGAGUACUGAGCAUGCUGUUCAUGCACUUGCUUCAGCUACAGGAAAAUGUUACGUUAUGCGUCCGUGUGAUUAUGCUCAAGCUCGACCUUCUGAAAUUCCAGAACAAGAUAUUUACAUGUGUGAUUCUAAAUAUUUUGAAAGUGAAAAAGUUAUUCGUAAACUCAAGAAAGGAUUGAAAAAGUUUCAGUUUUCAUCGGAUGAUGUACACGAAGAUGAAUUUUUCUUCUUCUCUCAACAAAUUGUGCCUAGAAAAGAUGCUUCGCCUCUUUUGGCUCAAGCCUCUACAGAACCACUUCAAAAUGAACAACUCAAUCGUCCUGUUUCACUUGCACUUACUUGUGCACUUGCUGCUGCAGCUGGAACCACUACCAGUAUGGUGACCUCUCCAAUUAUAUCAAUUCCUACAGACACAACAAAACAAACUGAACGUUUAUCGACUGGACAAGGGAAUGAAAAUACUGCAACGAGUUCAUUAACAAGCCAUAAUACAACUCCUGUAAUUGGUCGUCCACCGUCUAAUACACCACCUAUUAACAAUACUCCUGUUCAUGGCAUUUCACAAUCACCUCAAAUUGAUGCCUUAACUCGUGCUUUUAUUGAAAAUAAUGUGGAUCGGACUGGCAAAAAGCGCAAAAUUCGCAAACCGCCGUCAGGUUAUGUUUUAUAUGCUGGAGAAAUUAGAAAGAAAUUGCUACAAGAACGUCCGGAUGCUCCAUUUGGUGAAAUAUCCCGCGAAGUAGGAUUAUUGUGGCGUCAAAUGCCUACUUCGCAACGAGAUAUUUAUGAACAAAAGGCUCAUCUAAUUAGACAACAUAUGGCUGAGGAGGAAAUGCAAAUGAAGGCUAGAGAACAAGAACAAGUACAGCUUCAUCUUCAGCAACAAUUAACAGCUGCAUCUGUUUCAUCGCUAAACAUCGGAGGAACAAUGCCUCUUCAAACUGCUGCAGGAGUUAACCCACCCAGUUCACCUCGAAUGCCUGUCACUGCACCACCUGCUACAAUGCAGUUUUAUCAGACACCAUCUGGUCAAGUUAUUCAAAUUGUUCAUGCCUCAUCAACGCCUAGUGUUGUUGGGCAGAGUUCAGUUCCAGCUCAGACUGUAACGGCCCCACUUGGUCAACCUGUUAGUAUUGUUCAAACGACAUAUGCAACAAUGCCUGCAAUUGCUUCUGCUUGUCCUGUUGGCAAUGCAACUCAUCAAGUUGUCUACCAGCUGGCUAAUCAACAGCCGGGUAUUCUUCCGACUGGGACUGUUGGUUCAGGAGCACCACCACAACAAUUCUACCAACCACAACUUCAUCCUCAACAGCAGCAGCAGCAACAACAACAGAGACUUUUAGUUGCAUCUAGUGUUUGCACGACGCCUACUAUAAUGGGUGCUGUAAUUGGAUCAACAGCUACUGUACCACCUGGUCUAUCUGUUGGCACAAAUACGGGUCCUUCAAUGUCCAAUGUUCCACAAGCACAGAUAUUGUUAGGCUCAACAGGUACCAUACCUACAACUGGGUUACCAUCAUUAGCGCAAGGUGGUGGUUUUGUCGUAACUACAGCUCCUACGCUAACUCAACCUCAGGUGCAUCCUAGUCUUGCUGUUGGUGCCCAACAACAUAUUGUCCCUACAGUUGGCUCAAAUGUUGGUGCUACUUGUUCUCAGGAUUAUACAUCACAAGUUCAACCACAGUAUCAAUUAGUGCAACAAGUCCCUCAAACUCAGCCGAUUCUUCCAAAUGUUAUGGCUUCUGUUGUUCCCGGGACACAAUUUAUUCAAUCACAACCACAAGCUAUACAAACUCAUCCACCAGCUGCUCGAUCAUCUUCCCCAAUAUUUGUAUCGGUUCCGCCACGAACAUCUCGUGUUCUUCAUUCUGAAAUAUACCAACGUUACAUAAAUCGUUUACGGAAAAAUACUUCUGGUGGACUAGGUGAUUGGCAUAAUCAACUGUCGGCAUCAAUAGAUACUGCACCUCCAAUCCAAUCAAAUACUGCUAGUCAGUUAGUUGGCAAUUUCUUCGCUGAUCCUAAGAAAGUAGAAGGUUGUUCAGUGGUUGAUGCAUUGUGGAAUUUAAGGGAUCAUCUAUUAGAAGAUGCUUUGAAAAUUCGUCUACGAUGUCUGAGUGCUACAGAAUGUUAG